AUCAUGAUAAGACCAGCCUGCGCAGAUCUUAGUUGCAGAUAAGCUUCUUUACUCCUCAGUCCUCACACUCCCCUCCGUUACCAGAAGAGUUGUAUGCUCUUCACCUCCAUCUCCAUGACACCCUUUCUCUCGCUCCAGGUCUCUACUCCGUCUCUUCUGCUAUCCCCAUCCCUUCCCUUCUUCACCCCUCUCCCUCGCUUCAAAUCCCCAUCUCACCGAACACAGCAUUUCCCUCUCCUCUCACUCGCUAACAACCCCUUUCGACAAUCAAUCAAUCAGGACUUCCCAACUCAGCAGCAGCAGCCAAGAACGCUUUUUCCUGGAGGGUACAAGCGCCCCGAAAUCAAAGUCCCCAACAUUGUCCUCCAGCUUGUCCCCGACGACGUUUUGAGUGGCGGUGAUGCCUUGGAUUUCAUCGAUAAGGCCGUUUCCAAGUGGGUUGGAAUCGUAGUCCUCAAUGGCGUUGAUGGCAGUGGGAAGACGCUGUACGAGGCUGCGUGUUUAUUGAAGUCGGUUGUGAGGGAUCGCGCGUAUUUGUUGAUUGGCGAGCGCGUUGAUAUCGCUGCUGCUGUUAAUGCUAGCGGGGUUGUGCUCUCUGAUCAAGGUCUUCCUGCCAUUGUGGCAAGAAGCAUGAUGAUGGAUUCCAAAUCAGAAUCCAUAAUUCUCCCUUUAGUAGCCAGAAAUGUGCAGACUUCUAGGGCUGCCUUAAAUGCAUCUAAUUCUGAAGGUGCUGAUUUUCUUAUAUAUGGUCUUGAGCAAGAGAAAUAUUUUGAUGAAAAAAUGUACUCUGGAUUUGCGGAUGUGAAAAUUCCAAUCUUUGUCAUUUAUGCUUCACAUAGAGCGGCUGUGUCAAUUAUGGAGGCAUCACAAGUGCUAAAAUCUGGUGCGGGUGGUUUAGUUAUGUCAUUAGAAGAUUUGAGGUUGUUCAGUGAUGAGUCUUUGAGCCAAUUUUUUAUCACUGAAAGUGCAAUGGUGAAUAAAUCAGAGAAUGAGCCUGGAAGCCUCAAUAAGUUUAAACCAUCGGAUGUAGAAAAUGAUAUUAAUGGGAAAAAGAGUGUGGCAGGCUUUGUUAAAUUGGAGGACAGAGAAAAACAGCUCAUAGAGACAGAGAGAUCAAUAUUAUUUGAAUGCAUUAAUGUUAUUCAUAAAGCUGCUCCUCAGAUGGAGGAGGUUUCACUUCUAAUUGAUGCUGUUUCUCAAAUUGAUGAGCCAUUUUUACUGGCAAUAGUGGGUGAAUUUAAUUCUGGUAAAUCGACUGUUAUUAAUGCACUUCUUGGAGAAAGAUACCUUAAAGAGGGUGUUGUUCCGACGACCAAUGAGAUUACUUUCUUACGGUACUCUGACUAUAAUUCUGAAGAGCCACAACGUUGUGAAAGGCAUCCUGAUGGUCAAUAUAUAUGUUACCUUGCUGCUCCAAUUCUUAAGGAAAUGAACAUUGUUGAUACACCUGGGACUAAUGUAAUUCUUCAAAGGCAACAACGCCUUACUGAGGAAUUUGUGCCUCGUGCAGAUUUGCUUCUGUUUGUCAUUUCUGCUGAUCGCCCACUAACCGAAAGUGAGGUGGCUUUUCUGCGUUACACUCAACAGUGGAAGAAGAAAGUUGUGUUUGUGUUAAAUAAAUCUGAUCUCUAUCAGAAUACCAGUGAGCUUGAGGAAGCCAUAUCAUUCGUCAAGGAGAACACAAGGAAUUUGCUGAACACUGAAAAUGUGAUAUUAUAUCCAGUCUCUGCUAGGUGUGCUCUUGAAGCAAAAUUGUCAGCUUCUUCUGACAUUAAAAUAGAUUACAAUGAGUCAUCAGUUUCGGAUUAUCAUUGGAAAUUCAGUAGCUUCUAUGAACUUGAGAGAUUCUUGUAUAGUUUUUUAGAUGGGUCAACAGAAACAGGAAUGGAAAGAAUGAAGCUUAAACUUGAAACACCAAUUGCAAUUGCUGAUCGAAUACUUUCUACUUGUGAAACUGUUGUGAAACAAGAACUCCAGUAUGCCGAGAAGGAUCUGACCAAUAUGACUGAAUUAGUUGAUAGCGUGAAAGAGUUGACAAGGAAAAUGGAAAAGGAGAGCAUCUCUUGGAGAACAAAAACUUUGUUGCUGAUAGAAACGACAAAAUCAAGUGUUCUGAAGCUUGUAGAAUCCACUCUACAAAUAUCAAAUAUUGAUCUUGCUACAGCAUAUGUUUUUAAAGGGGAAAAAUCUGCUACGACUCCAGCAGCCUUCAGGGUUCAAAAUGAUAUAAUUGGUCCUGCAGUUUUAGAUGCAAAAAAAGAACUUGAAGAAUAUGCAUCAUGGUUAAAAUCAAAUAGUGCUCGUGAAGCGAAGCUAUACAAAGAAUCUUUUGAAAAAAGAUGGCCUUCAUUUAUCAUUUCAAACACACAGAUGCAUUUGGAGACCUAUGAGUUACUAGAAAAGGUUGAUGACCUCAGCUUGAAAGUGAUCGAGAGCUUCAGUGCUGGUGCAGCUUCCAAGCUGUUUGAAGAGGAAAUACGCGAAGUGUACCUGGGAACAUUUGGUGGACUAGGAGCUGCUGGUUUAUCUGCCUCUCUUCUGACAUCUGUGCUACCUACCACUUUAGAAGAUCUUCUUGCUCUUGGCCUUUGUUCUGCAGGAGGGUUUAUAGCAAUUUCGAACUUCCCAUCCCGCAAGCGAGGCGUAAUAGACAAGAUAUGUAGGAUCGCAGAUGGCUUGGCUCGUGAAGUUGAAGAGGCAAUGCAGAAAGAUCUCUUGGAAACUGCUGCGAAUUUGGAAAACUUUGUAAAAACAAUUGGCAAGCCUUAUCAAGAUGCUUCCCAACAAAGACUGGACAAUCUUUUAAAAGUUCAAAAUGAAUUAUCAGAUGUCAAGGAAAAACUAAGAACACUGCAAGUUGAAAUACAGAAUCUUCAUGUAUCAUGAGUUGAAUUAAAUUUGAUUGUUAAGGGAUGCAAAGAGGGAAGUGUAUUGUUGUAACGGUGUCAAACCAGAUUGGUUCUUCUUGGGAACAUAUGUAAAAUAUUUAUGUAUCAACGACAAUGAGAAUAAAUUUUAUAAAUUGUUUACAUCUAAAUUGAGUUAUAA